AUGCUCAUUGAUACGGUUACCGAAGAAGUCAGAAAGCUAUUCGAUAAAUAUACUCGAAACAAAGUGGCUGAGCCUGUACUUGCGCUCUCUCCGAGCGGGGCCACGAUAGCCUGGGUCAGCGACGAUGAAACGAUUUUCCUUCAAGAUGCAAUGACGAACAAGAUCAGCCACGAGCUUACCAAUCCUAACCUGUCUGUGGAGCAAUUGAUCUUCUCACCCGAUGGACAAUUGCUUGCGGCUAUACACCGGGAAUCUGCUAUCAGCAUUUGGCGCACAACGACAGGAGAGCGCCGAUUUUGUUUUUCUGGCAGAUAUAUGGACAGCAUUGCAUUUUCCCCAAAUUGUCGACUCAUUGCUUUGGUCGACUCCCAACAUCGAGGGGUGGUCGAGCUCUGGGACAUGGACGUCUAUCAAGCCGGUAUGGACGGUUGCAGCUCGGACACCAGUCUUGGGACCGCAGAAAAACAUCAGCUCAUCGUCAACCAAGAUCAAAAGCAGGAUGGCGCAAAGGCCAUCAAGGCCAUUACCUUCUCAACAGAUGGGAGAACAAUAGCUUCAACUAGUUCCGACAAUUGUGUUUGCAUCUGGGACUCAGCAACAGGGUCUGAAAUUCGGGAAUUGCGCCACCAAGAUCUAGUCAAGAAGAUUUUCUACUCAGCAGACAGCAAGUCGAUUGUAUCCCUGUCCGGGAGUAACACCAUUCUGAUCUGGGAUAUGUCCUCAAACGGCAGGAGACAAUUGGCUCACCAGGGUCGUAAUAUUGAAAGCAUCGCUCUCUCACCAGACGGCCAAACUUUAGCGUCUGUCGCUCUUGAUUCAAUCCAAAUAUGGGAUCUGCCCACGGGUCAAAAAACGCAAUACCUUCAACACCACGUCGAAGAUUUGAUUCCUAGCGCGGCAUUAUUCUUCGCCCGAACGGGGAAUCUUGCCAGGGCGGAAUUUUCUCCAAAUAGCAAAAUGCUAGCAGCAGGAGUCGGUGUGAGCAUUCAUGUGUGGGAAGUGGCAACAGGAAAAGAGAUACAGAAACUACAAGACCACCUCAACCUUAUAAUGCCCAUCACACCUCUCGCAUUUUCGUCGGACGGCAAGACGCUGUCUGCUUUGGCACAAAUAUCCGAACCUCAAAGAAAAGCUUUAGCAACUGGGCAGGUUAUAGUCUGGGAUGUUGAAACCGGGAUCAAGUCCUGGCUUCCACCGCACCCGGGGGCGAAUUAUUGUAAUGUAGCCCUUUCAUCGGAUGGCAAAGCCGUCUCCGCUAGCAUACAGCAUGGGGGUAGCAUUCUUAUCAUGCAAGACACUCACAGCCGAGAAAUUCAUCCGAUAGGCCGUUUCGAAACCAUGUCGUUCUCGGCCGACAAUCGGUACCUAGAGACGAAUAGAGGUCGGCUGAAGAUUGACGGUCAAGUGCCACAUACGACCCCAUUUGUGGGCUCAGACUGGGUGUGGCACGGCGGGAGGAGAGUCCUAUGGAUCCCUCCAAGCCAUAGAGGAUUUGUGUGUGCGUGCUACGGGAACACAUUUGCUCUCGGUUUCGAAAGUGAAGGGCUUCUAUUCUUGAGAUUCGAUUCUGAUUGACGAUCCUCCGGAAAAAUGGCGGGGGAUUGUUUACCAUCUGCAUCUUUUAAUAUCUACGACCAUCUCGGGAUUAAUAUUGAACAAUGCAAAGAAGGGUGAUUUAUAGAGCCCAGUUACUCCGAGCAUCACUCUAUCAAGGAGACAUCGCACCCCUGCCAUUUUCGCAGUUUUCCGGUUAAUUCUUGGGAAGGAUUUGAAUGAACUCAAGAGGAAUAUCUUGGUUUGAACUAUUGCCGUAGUGGUAGAGGUGAUGAUGAGCAUGGCUAUCUGUGGUGAAGAC